GAGGAAGAAAAAGAUGGGAAACGCAAAGGUGUUGCUGGUGAUGUUGGUGAUUGCAGUGAGCGCAGGAACGUGCAGGUGUGGAGUUGAAGAGGUAGCUGACGCAGCCCAACAGAAAGCAGAGGAGGCCCAGCAGGCGGCCCCAGCCGUUGUCGAGGAUGCCAAGGAAACCACCGAGACAUGGGCUAAUUGGGCUUAUGACAAGUUCUCCGAAACUAUCGGCUUGAAGAAGGAGGAAGGAGAUCAACAAGUGGCUCAAACCCAGAAAAUUUCUACCGAUGAUACUACAAACAAGAUCCAAGACGCAGCGACCGAAGCCUACAACAAAGCUGGUGAGCAGAUGCAGACGGCGAAGGCGAAAGCUUCAGAAAUGGCGCAAAAUGCCAAGGAACAAGCAACCAAUGUGAUGGACAAGGCAUCCGAAACGGCUUCUGACGCAAAAGAAGGCGUCAAAGGCAAAGUAUCACGGGCUACAGAAAACGUGGGUGAGGCAGCCAAGAUGGCCAAGGACACCGUCAUUGAAAAGGCCCAAUCUGCGGAUGUAAAAGGCAAAGUAUCACAGGCUACAGAAAACGCCGGUGAAGCAGCCAAGGCGGUCAAGGACACCGUCAUUGAAAAGGCCGGAUCUGCGGACGUGAAAGGCAAAGUAUCACGGGCUACAGAAAACGCCGGUGAGGCAGCCAAGGUGGUCAAGGACACCGUCAUUGACAAGUCUGCAGACGUGAAAGGCAAAGUAUCACAGGCUACAGAAAACGCCGGCGAGGCGGGCAAGGUGGCCAAGGACACCGUCAUUGAAAAGGCCCAAUCUGCAGACAUGAAGGGCAAGGUAUCACGAGCGACAGAAAACGUGGGUGAGUCAGCCAAGGUGGCCAAGGACACCGUCAUUGAAAAGGCAGAUUCUAUGGACAUGAGAGGCAAAGUAUCACAAGCCACAGAGACCGUGGGUGGGACUGCCAAGAUCGCCAAGGACACCGUCACUGAAAAAGCCGAGUCUUUCAAACAAACGAUGUCGCAGCCCGCGGCCAAUCUCUGAGCUGGGUAAAGAGUUAUGAAUUGAAGGUGCAUGUGACAAUCUUGAUGCUUAGUGCUUGCUAUAGUAUUUAGUUUUUUUGUCGGUGGUGCGUCUAGUGUUGUUUGAUUGAGAUAUAGAUGCAACACAGCAUGUCAUGUUACGUUAGAAGGCCUUUUCAUUUCGCUUCCUGUGCCCUAUGGUGCUGGGAGCUCACGGUCUUUGUACGUUAUGGUUUGUGUAUUGUCAAGUUCUACAUAUAUAUCCUUAUUCGGCCAUGUUCAAAGUGGCCAGUAAUUUUCCUUUUAAUAUUUAAUGUACUGAGAAAGGCAUUAUGAUUUGAAAGCGGGAUUGUUUAAUAGGUUUAA